CAUCCCAAAUGGCACUCUGUUUCCUAUAUAGUGCACUACUUUUGACCAGGGCCCUUCUCUAAAGUAGUAGACUAUAUAGGGAAUAGGGUGCCAUUUGGGAUGCAGACCAUGUUUGUCAGAACUGUAGACAAUCCAGGGAAGCAGGAACCUCCCCUCCAUUCUGCCAGAUGCACAGGAUAUUCCUUUCUUUGUUUGUGAGAAAACUUUAGUACUCAGACCGCUGGUUCAACGCAGGCAGGGGAGCUGAAAGAGCUGGUUCAACGCAGGCAGGGGAGCUGAAAGAGCUGGUUCAACGCAGGCAGGGGAGCUGAAAGAGCUGGUUCAACGCAGGCAGGGGAGCUGAAAGAGCUGGUUCAACGCAGGCAGGGGAGCUGAAAGAGCUGGUUCAACGCAGGCAGGGGAGCUGAAAGAGCUGGUUCAACGCAGGCAGGGGAGCUGAAAGAGCUGGUUCAACCACUCAGAGAGAUGGAGCUGAAACGGUUGCCUGAGUCUGAUGGGUGUGGCUCAACAAAACAUGAUGGGUCUGGUUUGACCGCUGACCUGAGGAUUGUGUUGCUAGGGAAGACUGGAGCAGGGAAGAGCGCAACAGGAAACACCAUCCUGGGGAAGAAUGUAUUUAAAGUCGACUCUUCCCCUGCGUCAGUGACUGGACAGUGUGAGAGACAGAGUGGAGAGGUCAACGGGACGAUGGUUCAUGUGGUUGACACACCAGGCCUCUUCGACACAGCCAGGUCAGACGAAGAAGUGAAAGAGAAAAUAGAGGAGUGCGUUAACAUGUCCGUCCCGGGCCCCCACGCCUUCCUGCUGGUGAUCAGGCUGGGGGUGAGGUUCACAGAGGAGGAGAGGAACGCCGUGAGGUGGAUCCAGGAGAACUUUGGAGAGGACGCCUCCAUGUACACCAUCUUACUGUUCACCUGUAAAGACCAGCUGAAGGGGAAACAGGUGACAGAUUCUCUGAAGAUGUGUAAAGAGCUAAGGAGACUCUCCAUCACUUUAGGCGGCGGGUAUCACUCGUUCAACAACGACGCCAAAGACGACCCCACUCAGGUCCCAGAGCUGCUGGAGAAGAUCAAAGAGAUGGUGGAGCUGAACGGAGGAGAGCACUACACCAACGAGAUGUACCAGAAGGCUCAGAGGAAGAUCAGAGAGGCGGAGGAGAGGAGGAGGGAGGAGGAGAAAAGAAGGAAGGAGGAGGAGGAGAGAAAAUUAAAAGAAGAGGUAAAGGUAGAGAUAGAGAAAGAAAAGGAGGAAGAGAAAAGGGAGAAGGUAGAUAAAAAGAGGAAUUUACACAUCGCUCUAGCAGUAACAGUAGUGUGUGUAGUAGUAGGGGUGAUCAUAGCAACUGCUGCUGAUACCACAGUGGCCCUGGCUCUAGCUCCACUCUUACUGGUGCUGGGAGUAGCCAGUGGAAUAACGGCUAUCUGCCUAAAGAAUGGAAGGUGUGGAGCUAAAACACCUGUCUCCGUAGCUGUAUAACAAUCACAUACUGUAUACCUCAUUAAGGCUGUUUUUACACAGGCAACACAAUUAUGAUCUUUUGCCACUAAUUGGUCUUUUGACCAAUCUGAUCUCUUGUCAAUAAUUGGGCAAAAUAUCAGAAUUUGUCUGCCUGUGUAAAGAUUCAAAUUUGUCUGCUUGUGUAAAGAUCAGAAUUGGGCUGCCUGUGUAAACGCAGCCAAACAAGACCAAACAACAGAAACAUAGAUUGAAUGAUAGAUAGAUUGAAUGAUAGAUAGAUAGAUAGAUAGAUAGAUAGAUAGAUAGAUUGAUUGAUUGAUUGUUUGGCCUUUUUCACACUUGUUACCUUAUAUGUGGAAACUGCUAUAAAAAUGGUCUUAAAUCUAUUCCCUUAAUUAUUUCUCUGGGUGUCCAGUGAUCUAUUUAUUUAAUCAUGUGUUCAGGGAUAACAUUUAUGAACACUUAAUAAAGAGAAGUAAAGAGUCUGACUGA